AUGUCACCAGCUGCUACCAACAUCUUCACACUCACACACAACUCGGAGCUGCCGGACCUUCUGGAGGCCAACAACACAUGGUCUGAGAAGAUGACCGAGGCGCACCCCACGCUGUUCAGAGACUUCAACGCUCACGGCCAGGCGCCUCACACACUGUUCAUCGGAUGCUCGGACUCGCGUUACAACGAGCAGUGCCUGGGGGUGAUCCCCGGCGAGAUUUUCACGUGGAAAACGAUCGCCAACGUGGUAAGCGACAAGGACCUCACGUGCCGCGCCACGCUCGAGUUCGCCAUCAACGUGCUCAAGGUCAAUAAGGUCGUAUUAUGCGGCCACACCGACUGCGGCGGCAUCAACACGUGCCUGGCGCUCAAGCGCGAGGCCCUAAACGACGGCGAGUGCUCGCACCUGUACCAGUACCUGCAGGACGUCGAUGACCUGUACCACGAGCACAAGGAGGAGGUCAAGGCCGCCACCAGCGACGUGGCGCAGCAGAGCCGCAUGCUGUCCAGGCUGAACGUGGCCAAGCAGUACCAGCGCCUGCUGGAGAUCGACACCGUACAGAAGGCGCUGGCCCGCGGGGACAUCGCUGUGUACGGCCUGCUGUACGACGUCGCGACUGGUCGCGUGGAGAAAGUCAGCAGCUAA